AUGCAAAGCGGUGGCACGAAAGAGACCAGCAGGCUCCUCAUCACCUUUGCCCGAAAGGGCAGAUGGGAGGGCGAUGCUGGCAUGAAGCAGCUCCUCGCAGAGGCUGUCAAAAUGCACAUCGAUCUAGACUACUCUGAGAAGCCAUACUUCCGGUCCGCCUUGUGGGAGGCAACAUGGAGAAAUCACGAGGUCAUCGUCAAGGCCUUGGUGGAGAAAGGGGCCACCAUCGAUUUCAAGGACUACCAGGAGCGGACGCCACUACACGAGGCGGCCUACUACGGCCACUUGAACCUGGUGGAGUACUUCAUCGAGAAGGGCGCUCCUAUCAACGUCCUAGACAAGUUCGGACAAACCCCCUUGUUCAGAGCUGUGGACGGCGGCCGGCAUGAAGUUGCAAAGUUCUUGGUUGAAAAGAAGGCCGAGACCAAUUGGCUGGACAAUGACCAGUGCUCCGUGCAGCACUGUGCAGCCUUUCAAGGUUUCCCUCAGCUUUCCAGCUGGUUGGUCUACAAAGGAGCUUGGAGGAAUCGCUUUGCCAUCGAAGGGGUGGAUGAGGCAGAGAUGCGCUUCACGGGCCCCGGGGAUGGCGAGCGCUCAGAGGAGCGUCAGAGGACCGAUGCAGCCCUCGAUGAGAAGGAAUAG